UAUAGUCAUAGAUAUAUCAAUACAAGACAUUCACUGUAGCAUUGUAGCAGCAGAAAAUUGGGAAUAUUAUAAAUCUCCUUAUACUGACCUGGAAUGUUGUCAAUGAUAAAUCAUUGAUUAAAAUUCAAUGUACAGUGCAUUUGCAUACAUGAUGCCAGCAAUGUUUAUAUAAAUUUAUAUUAUUAAAAUGCAUUUAUAAAUAUGCAAAUUCAAUAUUUCUAAAUAAAAAUGCAAAUCUGGAAGGAUAAAUGACUUUUAGCUAAUUACACAGCUAAAAAGCGUUCCAGAAGUCGAAAUUAGAACCUGAUGUACAUAACUCUAAGACCUUAGCUUUCUGUUCUGCCCUGAACCAUGUCUCUUAUCCCUCCUUCUGGGUCUUUGCACAUGCUGUCCCCCUGCUGGGAAUAGCCUUUGUCUAGCUUUAAAACUUCAAUAAUUUACUUUUCUUUCAUUUCUUCAGUUAUCACUUAUUUCUUUGUCAUUAUUUUAAAUUUACUAGGUCUGCCCUUAUUUAAGGAAACAAGCCACAUCUGAUGCUUUUUAUUGUUCAAAUUUGCAGCAUCCUCUGAGUUUUUAAAAUACUUGUUGUCUGCUUAAAUAAUUAGGGAAUAAGAGGGAAGUGGACUGACAAAGAAAAAGAAAAAUGUUAACUAAGAUUGUCCCUUUCUUCAUUUGAGCGGUCUUUCGAAAAUGUUCUUCAGUGAACCAUUGUGGAAAGAGAAAAGAAAUAUCACAAAAGUAGCUGAGGGUUGUGAUUCAGAGCUGAAUUGGAAAUUUGGGGUAUGGUUUGAUCCUUGAUUAUGGCUGAAGCAAGUCUAGAAAUACAAAUGUUUACCGACUAAAGCUGAUAGCUGUCAUCAUUGAGUCUGACUGACAGAGAAAUAAUAGCCAGUCCCUGAUAUCAAAUCCACUCUCAAGCCUGGAGAAAGGGCUAAUACUAGUAUUCUCUAUUCAGUUCAGAGUUCACUGCCGUUUCCUUUUGUUCUAUAAAAUAUCAUUAAUUGUAUUGGUGCCCACUUCAUCUUUAGUAAUCUAUUAAGAACCUUGAGAAAUGUGAAGUCCCAGGUGAUACAGUUUAUGGCCUCGGCUGCAAACCAAAAGGUUAGAGGUUUGAAUCCACCCAGAGAUACCUCGAAAGAAAGGCCUGGCAAUCUAUUUCUGAAAAAUCAGCCAUAGAAAACCCUAUUGCUCACAGUUCUACUCUGACAUUCAUGGGGUCACCAUGAGUCAGAAUCUACUCCAUGGCAUCUGGUCUAGACUUUGGUUGGCAAGUAACUGUCACUAUGUUGAGAGCAUUAUGAAUUUCCCCUGAGAUUCAUUCUGUCAGAGAUAUGUGAGAAAUAAAGCUGUCCAGCUUCCACUAGAAUCCACAGGUAUCUUUUAAAAAUGUAAGCCUGAUUUAUAAUUCAGGCUAUUUACAAUUAAGAAAUUAUAAUACUCUUUUGUUUUAUACUCUCCCUUGGUUUCCCAUUGCCCUCAGAAAUUCCUUGCCUUGUCCUAAAAUUCUCUGGUUUACCUGGUUACUGCCUCUACCUCUCCAAACACACAUUGAGCCAAAUGAAUGACGCCAAAUAGUCACUAACUAUAAACACUAUGUUGCUUUUUUAGAUUUUCCGACUCUCAGCCAGCGCUCAUAUCAGUACCUGGUAAAUGCGAAACCAAAACAAUGUGACUGAAUUCAUUCUUUUGGGUCUUACGAAAAACCCAGAGCUGAGGAAAAUAUUUUCUGCUGUGUUUCUAAUCAUGUAUGUUGUCACCAUGUUGGGAAACCUACUCAUUGUGGUAACUAUGACUGCAAGUCAGAGUCUGAGGUCACCUAUGUAUUUUUUCCUUACUUCCUUGUCCCUCAUGGAUGCCAUCUUUUCUUCUGUCGUCGCCCCCAAGAUGAUUGUGGAUUCCCUCUCUGAGAGCACUACCAUCUCCCUCAAAGGCUGUAUGACCCAGCUCUUUGCAGAACAUUUCUUUGGUGGAGUGUCAAUCAUCCUUCUCAUUGUGAUGGCCUAUGACCACUAUGUGGCCAUCUGUAAGCCCCUGCACUACAGGACCAUCAUGAGUUCUCGGAUGUGCUGCCUGCUGCUGGGAGGGGCCUGGGUGGGAGGAUUUUUGCAUGCAAUGAUACAGCUUCUCUUCAUGUACCAAAAACCUUUCUGUGGUCCCAAUGUCAUUGAUCACUUUAUGUGUGACUUGUUUCAGUUGCUGACACUGGCCUGCAUGGACACCUGCGUCCUGGGCCUCUUGGUCAUCCUCAAUAGUGGGGUGAUGUGCGUGACCAUCUUUCUUAUCCUCAUUGUCUCCUACAUGAUCAUCCUCUGCUCUUUGAAGUCUUAUAGCUCUGAAGGAUGGCGCAAAGCCCUGUCUACCUGUGGCUCCCACCUCACAGUGAUUGUCUUGUUCUUUGUGCCAUUUGUUUUCUUGUACGUAACACCUGUGGCCACUUAUCCCAUAGACAAGGCAAUGGCUAUGUCGGAGUCUAUCAUCACACCCAUGUUAAAUUCCUUGAUCUACAUCCUGAGAAGCACAGAGGUGAAAAAUACCAUGAAGAAACUUUGGAUGCAAUGAGAGACUUUAGAUGGCAAGUAACUGUCAUCAUGCUGAAAACAUUAUGAGUUUCUCCUAAAGAGAAGUCAUUCUUUCCAAGAUGUGUGAGAAAUAAAACAGCCCAAGUUCCAGAAGAAUCCAGAGGGAUCUUUUAGAAAUACAAGUCUGAUUUAUUGUUUAGGAUAUUUACAACAUAGAAAUUAUGAUACUGAUUUUCAAGGUUUCUUUUCUUCCUCCUAAUCUCAUCCUUGUGGUGGUUACCCUUUCCCCUUUAGCCUUCCCCAGGUCAGUCCUUUUACCUCACUACUGGAACUCCAUUAUCAGAUCUAAGAGCUAUAAUUCAUUUUGUAGUUUUUCCUGUUUACAGGUAAAGUUUAACUAUACAAACUUUUGUCCAUAAAAUGUACCUUUCACAUGUGUGCACACAAGUUAUUUCUCAAAUUCGAGUACUGUGUAAGCCCUUCCUAAGGAGAAAUCAGUUCUUUUGAAUUUCGGCAAUGAUACGAAUCAUGAUUUCACAUUUCUAAUGUAACGAGGUGUUAAGAUUGAAAUUUUGGCUACACAUGAUAAGUGAAAUUACAAAGUGCGUUCCAGAUCACACCAUACCUGCUACUACAGUGAAGGCAGUGAAUGAUGAAGAUAAGAACCCUCACAACUAAGUAAAGAAUAUGAAACCUGGUCAGUAUAAACUGGAAGAGUGGUUUGUGAGAACAGCUUUGGAUGUAGAGAAUUCCCCUGCCCCACCAUGGGAGUAGAGGUAUGCCUGCCUCUCAUGUCGGUACUCGUUUCUCUGAUGUUUCUGUGGAAGGACAUGUUUGGAGUUACCUACUCUGCCAUUUGGCUGACAUCACCUCCUACUUUAAUUUUUAAUUGUCUGUCAACCAGAGGUCAUAGUACCUUAAAAUUCCAGUCAAGUACCUUAAAAUUUGUUUGUAUUUGUGAGUGUGUGUGCAUUUACACAUACAUGUGUACGUGCAUGCUGAAAGGGCACUUCUAGAGAGUGCUAUUCUGACAGACUAGCAUAUGAUCCUCCACAUUGGUGGCUGCAGGGACUGAGAUCAGAAAAAUCUAGGCAGAAAGAGAGACUUAGUGGUAUCAGCACAGGAUUGCCCAGUAGGGCAGGCUCAGCUACAGGUGUCCAAUGUAUCAUCUUCAAGGAGCAUCCUAUCAAAUGCUCAUACUGGCAAAAUGACAAUCUGAAUUCUGCAACUUUCCAGUCUCCUACAGAUUGGCUCAUGUUGACCAAAUUCAUAUGGUACUAGAAAAAGAUUUGUAAAAGGAAUUUGGUGGACACACAUGCACACGAUUAUCCUGUGAUUAGUCAGCACAUUUCUUUCUGGAGAAAAAUGUCUACAAGAAGUUAAAUUACCAAGUGAAAAUGGUCAGGUGUUGAUAGAAUCCAAGUAAGGCUCAUUAUAGGUUGUUUACAAUGGUUAUGAGCUUUAAGUACUCAUAGUCUAAUGCAGUCCUCUCAGAAUAUUAAAUGUGUAUAUAAUGGACCAAUAACAUGUUGAUAUACAUUGACUGCUUCCUGUUAGGACUGUUUCCUGUUAGGAGUAUUUCACCUUUCCUGUCCAUGUAACAAAAACUAAUGUGUUAAGGAAGUGUAAAUUAAAUACACCAUAUUUAUCAGCUGAAGUCAUAAUUUGCUACGCCAUAACUUUUUCAUGGCAUUUUUCACUUCUGCAUUCCUCAGUAUAUAUAUCAGAGGGUUGAGAAAGGGUGUCCCAAUUGUAUAAAACACAGCCACCAUCUUGUCCACUGGAAAUGUAGCUGGUGGGUGUGUGUACAUGAAUAUACAUGGACCAAAAAACAUGACUACCACAAUAAAAUGGGAGAUGCAGGUAGAAAGAGCUUUUCACCUUCCUUCUGCACUGUGGUUUCUCAGAGAGUAUCAAAUGACAACAUAGGAUAUAAGCAAGAGCGUGAAACUCAUCAUGCAUAUGGCCCCACUAUUGGACACAGCAGCAAACUUAUCACAUAGUGUCCAUGCAGGCAAGUUUCAACAAGGGCUGCAAGUCACACAAAUAGUUAUCAAUCACAUUGGGACCACAGAAGGACAAUAUCAAAGCCAAGGAAAUCUGUAUUGAAGAAUGGAUACAAGAUCCCACCCAGGCCAGAAUCACCAGCACACCACAGACACCUGCUCAUGGUGGUUGUUUAUAUUGCAGCAGCUUUCAAAUGGCCACAUAGUGAUCAAAAGCCAUGAGGAUGAGCACAAAUAUCUCCAUACACCCAAAGAAAUGGGCUGCAAAGACCUGAGUCAUGCGCUCACGGUAGGAAAUGGUCUUCUUCUAGGAUAGAGCAUCCGCAAUCAACCUGGGUGCCGUAGUUGUAGAAAAGCAGACAUCAGCAAAGGACGGGUAGAAUAGGAAAAAGUACUUGGGACUCCCAAGGGUAUGACUUGUCUUAAUAGUCACCACAAUGAGAAAAUCCCCCAGCAGAGUCAAAAGGUAAAGAAUCAAGAAGAUUCCAAAUAUUGCUUUCUGCUUUUCAGCAUCCUGUGUCAACCCAAACAGAAUGAAUUCGGUCACACUGUUAUUCAUCACUAUGUAAGUGGCUGUAGGUGGGAUGAAUUUGACAAAGGUUUAAUCUGCAGAGAGAAAAAAAGUGACAUUUUGGGAAAAUCAUUUGGCUAAACUCUGAAUUAAUUGGUUCUGUUCCAUGUUCUGUUACCUCCAAUUACCUUUGGCGUGCACCAAAAUUCCCCAGGAAUCUUUGUAAAUCUACAGAUGCACAGACCUCUCCCAGAUUUAUCUGUUGAUUCAUUUAGAAACUGUCUGAUUGGCCCAGCACUUUUGUAUUUUUUGAAUAAAAAAAUUAUAUAUAUAUAUAUAUGCCUCCUUUACAAACUUUGAUUUUUUACCAAGACUGAGAACUAUAAAACUUGUUCUUUCCCUGGGCAAGUGACUUAACUGCUUUGAAACUUGGCCUUCAUAUGAAAAAUGAAGUACCAAUAUCUGCUCUACCUUAUUCUGAGUUAUCAUGAGAAUUUAAAAAAAGAUUUACACACAGACAUUUACAUGACUAUGUGUUUGAUGGAAACCCUGGUGGCGUAGUGCUUAAGUGCUACGGCUGCUAACCAAAGGGUCGGCAGUUCAAAUCCGCCAGGCUCUCCUUGGAAACCCAAUGGGGCAGUUCUACUCUGUCCUAUAGGGUGGCGAUGAGUCGGAAUAGACUUGAUGGCACUGGGGUUUUUUUUAUAUGUUUGAUGCAUUAUGCAUCUUAUCUAUGUGCUUUGAAAUCUGAAAAACACCAUUCCAAUGUAAUUAAGCAAUAAUUUUAUUGUUGGAGAAUUCCUUCUUAAGAACAUAUUUUCAGUUCUGUUGACUCAUUUUUGUGUCUAUUAUCCCUGGCUCUUUAGGAUCUUGAGUGGUAUAUGCUUUACAACUAAACUGUUUUGACAAUUUAUCAUCUAUGCCUCUAGUAGUCAAGAUGUGAGCUUCUCUGAUGUUCAUGACAUAAUGAAUGUCUGGAUGAUGUUUGUCUUACUUAUCUAGUGCUGCUAGGAUAGAAUUACCACAAAUAGGUGCCUUUAACAAACAGGGGGCUAGAAGUUUGAAUUCAGGGUGCUUUCUGUCUCUGUUGGCUCAGAGGAAGGUCCUCGUCUCUUUGAGCUUCUGCUCCUGGGUAAUCUUCAUGUGGCUUAGUAUCUUUCCUCCCCUAUCUUGCCUUCCCAGCUUUCUUGUUUCAUCUGUUUUAUCACUAAUUCUGUCUCAUUAACAUAAAAAAGACAACCCAUCCCCAAAUAGGAAUAUAACCACAGGCAUAGAAGCUAGGAUUUACAACACGUUUUGGGAGGGUGCAAUUCAACCCACAGCGAUGCUUUUGGUUGGCAUGAUGGAGGGAAACUACUCUUUAUCUUUGUCUUGAACUUAUUCCCUUAACUUAGCUUUAAAAUAGAAUAUUGAGCUUCUCUAUCUAUAAAUUUGACUUGCAUAUACUUUCUAAUAUUCUAACAACCUCAGUAUUGUUUUUACUCAUAUAUAACCUUCUUUAUUCUGAAUUCCCCAGGAUACUUCUUCUAAAAACUUUAUUUGGAGAUCAUUAAUAAAGUAAGACAUUAUGCAAUAUGUACUAGAAGAGAAGAAACCACAUGCAGAGAGAAAAGCACAAAUUUCUCAAGGAUAGAUUGAAAAAAAAAGUGAAGAAUUCAAAAUUAUGUAAAAAGUGAGCUAUAAUUUUAACUGGAAAGAUCCAAGUUCCAAACCAAGUUCUAUUAGAUGUAAACUUUCAGACUUAGAACUGAGAGGAGAUAUGUUAGCAGAGUGAUCAAUACAUAGAGUCUGAAGUCACAUUGUCUAGUUUCAAACCUCACCCCACUGUUCAUCAGAGGUGUGACAUUUAACAAGUUCUUUGAUAUCUCUGUGCUUUGUUUUCUUCAUCUGUAAAACAGAAAUAAUAAAAUAAUAUAUGCUUUAAGGUUGCUGCGAAGAUUAAAUAACUUGACUUAAUCAGAUUAUUAGAUGCCAGUACUCAGUACCCAUAAUAAGAGUGGUUAUUUUCAUUAUGAUUUUCACUACUGGAUUUACAAGAGAGAUUUUCCAUUUUUCAAGAAUAUUAAUUCAAAUUUUUUAUAUAUCCAUAAUAAAGCUAUACCAUUGCAUUAAAAUAUUAAGUUCCUUUGCUGAGUGGCUGAAAUCAUAUCAGCACUGUGGAUGACAAUAGUUUUCUUAUGAUGAUCAGAAGCUAGGAUUGAGAGUUCUAAAUAUCUCUAAGACAUAAAAAAGAGAAACAUCAAUCAAAAGUAUGUAAUAGCAUCAUUACAAGGGACCCAUGAUAAGAGGAAAGCAGAGAUAAAACAAGAUCUUGGUAGUGAACAGUUUGGAAUCAAAAGCAAAGGAAUGUGGGCAUUUAGAUGACAAGAAAUGAAAUAAAAAAUUUAGUGGUGGUAAGGCACAUGCUAUAUUAAGAAAACAGAUCAGUAUGAACCCUCUAGUUUGGUCAGACUCAAAAGCUGUGGUAGAAAAGUUGGAAAAGUAAGUCGCCUUCGUAGCUGAAGGCCAUAAAAGCCAAGUUAUAAAUAUCUGAUAUUCUCUAUUGGCAAAGUAGAAAAUUUGGAGGCAUAAAAACAUAACAGCACCUUCUAUUAAGAUUUAUCAGGCACCUACUCCAAGUUGUUUAAUGGAAUUUAGCCAUCUUUUUUUUUUUUUUAACUGAAUUUAGUCCAUUUGAACUUUGAGCUUUUCUAUAACAAAGUGCCUAUCUUCUUCAAGAUUCUGGAGACCUACUGAAGACUUUCUUUCCGUCCCUGCACUUAGAAAGUCAAUGGAGAGGAUUCAAGUAGAUUCACUGUAAAACACCAAAUGAAAUCCGUUGCCAUGGAGUUAAUUUAGACUUCUGACAACUCCGUGUGUUACAGAGUAGGACUGCUCCCGAGGGUUCUCUGGGUUGUAAUCCUCACAGAAACAGUUCACCAGGACUUUCUUCCACGGUGCCACUGGGUGGGUUUAAACUGCCACCCUGUAGGUUACUAGACAAGCACAGACCCUGUACACUGCCCAGGGAUCUGGAUUCACUGUAGCCUCAACAAAAUAGAGACUGGCUCUGAAGUUAUCCCAAAUAUGAUUCAUCAGUGGCUUCAGACUUGUCACUUCCUUUCUUAAAGAAGGAUCCAAAGUGCUAACUCUCAACUCAUCUCUGUGGGAGGCAAAAAACAUGUAGGGAGCCCAGAGAGGUGGAUUAUAAUCUCAUCUAUGUCUUUAAAUGUCACUUGACCUUGGUCAAGUUGGUUCGUACCUAAGCCUGAAUAUCCUUACUUUCAUUGAGGGCGCUCAAGAAAAUAAUUUUCCUCUCAAUUUUAACAUAAGAACCUUGUCACACAGUAGAGCAGUCAUUAAAAUUUAAAUAAAAAGUCUCACACAAUUAGAUGAAAUAAAAACAGUAUGUAUUGCUAUACUCGUGUAGGUUUUCACUGUGAGAAUGAUUAACUCAUGCUUAACAAAAAUACAGACUGGGAUAUAAUAAAAUGGAUAGUUCUGGAAUUCUUUAAGUGGAUUCUCACAAGCUUUUACUGAGAUGCCUGUUCUACAUUUCUAAACAGCGAAGGAGAACAUAAAUUCAGCAAUCCCCUCUCCCUCAUUUUACCCCAUUGUCAUCCCUUAAAAACACGAAGUUCGCAUUCAAAAAAAUGUGAUGAGUCAUAAAUAAAAUGGUUACUAUGAUUUUAAUAAUCUCUGUCUGCGGUGCUCAUCAUGGCUUUCAAGCCCUCCAGCUCUGUAACAGAAUCUUGCUUUUUACUUUUCUUCUCCGGACUUCUGCCAAUGCAUGCUCCAGUCAAGUCUGACACUUAAUGUUUCUCAUUAGUAUACCCAGACCAUCUCAUUCCGAUUUUUUCACAUCCGACGUCAGCUGAACACCCCUACCUCUGCUACAACCUAAACUUUCAUUUCUACCUAUGGAGAGAGUACCCAGUUCAAAAAACAUCUCCUCAGAGAAGCCUAUCUGUAUUUCCCCAAGUCACUCUCUUGCUAGUGGCCUUCCACAGCCCAAAACUAAAUAUUUGUUGAAUCAUGUAGUCCCUGAUUAUAUUCUUCUCUCAUUUUUGCUUCAACAUCUUUUGUCCAUUGAUUUUAUAAUAUCGCAUGAGUUAAGUAAGGCAAGUUAGCUUUUUUCUACUUUGUGCACUUUGUGUUAAGCUGGGAGGCAGAGUUUAGCAGAGAGCAGUUAGAGUAAAUCCAAGACCAAAACCAGUCUUUGGUCUCCAUAGCAUUCUCUCUAACACUUCACCCUACACUGCCGUACAAAACAUCAGUCUCCAGCUAUCCAAAUAGAGCCAACACAAAGCCCAGGAAACAUAAACAGGUAAAGAAGGAAGCUGCUGGCGUGUUCAUGCAUGGAAAUUCCAGAAUGGGUAAAACAAAGAGAUCAGCAUUUUAUGUUCAUACUUGAAAAAUAAUACUGAGGAGGGGGUAAAGAAAAAAAAAAAGAGUCAGAUCAAAAGGGAAAAAAAUAAGUCAUUGUGGCUAAGAGAAGGAGGAAGGAUCAGGAUGGGGAUAAAAGGGAGAAAUCCCUAGGGCAAGCAAGGGUGAGCAAAGAACUAUGUUAGGGAUUAAAUAGUCUAUCCCAGGAUUUUAUUAAAGAGAUUUCUUCUCCCUCCUCCAUGCCUCAUGUUGUCUUUUUCUCCAACUCCAGAAGUAGGUGUGGUUUUAGGCUCUAAGCAGGGUUGACGGUGGGUCCUGGACACCCAAUAUUGUAUUCACUUAUGCAUCCUCAUGCUUUUCCUGAACUUAAACCUUGCAAAUAGUCUGAAGGUAGGAUAUUCUUUCAGGUUGGUCUUGGUGCCAGGGAAUAGUUUGUUUCACCCCCUUUUUUCCAUCAGAAUUGGCCUCAGAGGCAGGGAUGCACCAAGCAGAGCCCAGUGAAAGUUGAGGGUCCCUGAAACAUCAGAACCUUCCCAUCACUGUGGGAAAUACGUUCCUGGAACUUCAAGUUUCUUAGGAGACAUAACUAGAUGAUGGUAACUGUCCUAAAAAAAUGGGGUGGUGUUGGAAAAUUAUACAGAAGCAGCACUGAAAUGGGAGGCAAGAGAAAGGAAAUAUUUCAGCGGGGUUUGAAAAACCUACCUUUUUUCUUGUAAGUGAAGGAAUAACAUUCAACGGAGAACUCAUAGUCUUCUCUUUUUCAAUUCUAAUUUACUUUGAAGAUUAACUAUGCACAGUGCAUUGCAACAUGCAAAUUGUACUUGAGAUAGGUCUACUGUGGCUUUCUGUUGCAGGAGCUAUCAGAAGAGAAAAUAAAUGCCCCACAGAUAACUAACUCUUCCUAGAAGGCCUGAAUUAAACUCUAUGAAAGGGUCUGUAAUGCUAGCAAGAGAAAAUUUUUUUAGGUUUCUUAUUUCUGCACUUAAAAUUUUCUAAAACAAAAAAUAUUCUCAUUAUUCUAUGGUAGAAAUUUUUCUAAUGUCAGUUCUACUACCCUCAAAACACUCCCUGACAAAACACAUGAAUUAAGUACGUCUUUUUCUUCUUCCUUCAGAUAUUUAUAGGGGUUUCAUAAAAGUUCACAGAUGCCCAGAACUGCAUUCCAGCCUCCAGAGGCCAAGGACUGCAUUUCUCCCCACUCAUCGACUCAACGGCACUGGGUUCAACCCUGAGAGAUUGGCUCAAUGAGCUACUUUGCACAGCUAGCCCAACAGCACAGCAAACCAUGAAAAAAUAUAGCAGCAAACCAUAGGGCCAAUUAAUCCCAGACAAGGUUGUCCACAGUCAGAUUUUGUCCUCAGAGCCCUCCUUUCUACUUCAUUUGUCCUAAGGGACACCUCCAAUUUCAGUUACCAAGUGUUCAUGUAGCCACAUCUCUGCCUCCACUUCACCCACACACUCUGCUGUAAGGAACAAGCACACUUUCAAACUCACAUUGAUAUGUAGACCACUAAAAGUUACCAAGGAAAGUUACCAAAGGCUUUCUCCUUUAAGUACAAUCUUUUCAAAUGGUAGGCAAAUCUCAAGUAGGUGUGAUGCGAUUGAAUUCUCUGACUCCAUUGCUUAUGUUUAUGUGACUUUAGACAAGUUUAUUAACUUCCCUUACUUUCCUAUUAUGGAACAUAUUACUGUUAACUAUAAUAAUUAUUAUUAAUCCUAAUAAUAUUAAUAAAAUAUAUAACAGAAAUUUACAUGAAAAUUAUGAAUUAAAUUUUCCACAAUUUCUAAAAUAUUUUGAAGUUGAUAAAUCAGUAAAAAAAAAAAAAGAAGGAAGAUGACAGAGGGAUUUAAAUUUACAACAAGUAACACAAGAACAAUUAAUUAAAACAAAUUUUAUUUAAAGAUUAUUUUUAGCAUUGAUCUUUUGGACAGAAAAAAACACCAAUUUUGAAUAUGAUACUGAAGGAAGUGAGGGACAAGCCAUGCAAAUAUUUGGGGGAAGAAUAAUUAAGACAGAGGGAGCAAACUGUGCAAAGUUUCUUAGGCAGGAGCAUAGCUGGUGUCAUGCAAAAUGUUGGCAGGAAUAAUGGUUUAUAUGUCACAAUGGGAAAAAAAGAAUUAAUAGAGUUAGCAGAAGUAGGCUGUAAAUAAUGGAGAUAUGGUUGGAAAUUGUUGUUGUUGUAUAUUGUCGAGAUCUGAUAAACAGGAGCCAGCUGCAGGAUCCAGAACCAAUAAAAGCCCACAUGCCCUGUCACAAUAUCCACUUACAUUCAAUGCAAGCCACAUGCCCAAGGAAACUCCCCUUCCACUGAUUUACCACUCACAGCAGAUCCCAUCAUGGAGGUGAUCACAUAACAUCAAAUCUCAUCAUGGAACUGAUCACAACAUCCCGCAACUAUCAAACCACUGAGAAUGAUGGCCUGGCCAAGUUGACACACAACCUUAACCAUCACAGUUGGGGAGGAGAGUUAGAAUGAAAAAUGGAGGCUAUGGUGCUGUAAAAUAUUCCCGGGUGUGCAGUGGUUAAGCACUUGGUUGCUUAUCAAAGGUCAGCAGUUCAAACCCACCAGCCACUCCACAGGAUAAAGAAGUAGAAGUCUGUUUCUGUAAAGCUUUACAGCCUUGGAAACCCUGUGGGGCAGUUCUACUCUGUCCUGUAAGGCCUCUAUGAGUCAAAAUCAACUCCAAGGAACUUUUUUUUUUUUUUAUUGUAGGGGAUUUAAAAUAUUCUCAUAAAAAAAAAAAAAGGCAAUCACUAGUUUGAAUAAUAUUUACACAAUUUCUACUAAUCUUGAGAAUGUAUAAAAACCAUGGACUUCUUAUUGGGCUUUAUGAAAUAGCACUAUCCACUAUAAUGUGAACACUAAAGAUAGAGAUUUUCAUUUUAUCACUGGUACUUGUACUUGACAAUAAUGGGGAGUCCUUGCUUCUGUGAAUCCAUUCUCUCCUUCCUCUUCAGUAAUAGGUGAUACCUAGGUUCAUGAUCUCCCCAAAAGAGCUCACUUUCCAUAGCUUCCUUUGCAGCUUGGUGCAGCUCUGUGACCAAGUUCUUGUCAAUUGGAUGUGAACAGGAGAAAUAUGUGUAACUUCCAGGCUGAAAUAGCAAAUGUUGACAUUGUACUUCUCAAGCUUAUUUCCCCUUCUUGAUACCUAAAACCGGGGGUGAGGGGUGUUACAGCUAUAGAUGAUAAUGCUGUAGGGCAAUUCUUCUCAAACUAUAAUGUACAUAUAAAUCAACUAGGGUGAAAAGUCAAAUUAUGAUUCAUUAGGUCUGUGUUUUAUUGACUCUGCAAAGGCAUUUGAAAGUGUGGAUCGUAAUAAAUUAUGGAUAACAUUGUGAAGAAUGGGAAUUCCAAAACAUUUAUUUUGCACCUGAGGAACCUGUACAUAGACCAAGAAGCAGUCGUUUGAACAGAACAAGGGGAAUCUACAUGGUUUCAACAAAGUUGUGCAAUCAGCAUUGUAUCCAUUCACCACACUUAUUCGAUCUGUAUGAUGAGUAAAUCAUCCAAGAAGCCAGAGUAUAUAAAUAAAAAUGCAGCACCAGGAUUGGAAGACUCAUUAACAACCUGCAAUAUGCAGAUGACACAACCUUGCUUGCUGAAAGCAAAGAGGACUUGAAGCGCUAACUGAUGAAGAUCAAAGACCACAGCAAUCAGUAUGGAUUACACCUCAACGUCAAAAAAACAAAAAUCCUCACAAUUGGAACAAUAAGCGACAUCAUGAUAAAUGGAGAAAAUAUUGGAGUUGUCAAGGAUUUCAUUUUACUUGGAUCCACAAUCCACACUCCUGGAAACAGCAGUCAAGAAAUCAAAUGACGUAUUUUAUUGGAUGAAUCUCCUGCAAAAGAAAUCUUUAAAGUGUAAAAAAGCAAAGAUGUUCACUUUAAGGACUAAGUUGCACCUGACCCAAGCCAUGGUGUUUUCAGUAGUCCCAUAUGCAUGUGAAAACUGGACAAUGAAUAAGGAAGAUUGAAGAAGAGUUGAUGCCUUUGAAUUAUGGUGUUGACAAAGAAUGUUGAAUAUACCAAGGGCUGCCAGAAGAAAGAACAAAUCUGUCUCGGAGGAAGUACACCCAUAAUGCUCCUUAGAAGUAAGGAUGGUAAGGUUUCAUCUCACUUACUUUGGACAUGUUAUCAGGAGGGACCAAUCCAAGGAGAAGGAUGUCAUGCUUUGUAGAGGGUCAGCAAAAAAGAGGAAGACCCUCAACGAGAUGAAUUGACACAGUGGCUGCAACAAUAGGCUUAAACAUAACAACAAUUGUGAGGAUGACACAGGACCAGACAGUGCUUCUCUCUGUUGUACGCAAGGUCUCUAUGAGUUGGAACCAACUCGAUACCACCUAAUGACUAAUAACAAGGUCUGCAGUUGGCCUAGGAUUCUGCAUUUCUAACAAACUCGUAGGUGAUGCCAGUGAUACUAACAGGCGGAUCACACUAUGAACAUAAAAGUUCUAGGAGGUGACCAAGCAACUGCUUGGAAGUAACCUGGGUCUUGUAAUGAAAAAGAGAAGAGGUACUGCCCUUCCAUCCUGGGCCAUUUACAUGGGACCAUUAUAUCAAGAUGAAUAAAAUUCCUAUAUGUUAACCCACUCUAUCACUGGGUUUCCCUUUCAUAGAAGCCUAGCCUUACUCUAAGAAACUAUAAAACUCAAAAUAUUAUCCACAAGAAAGAUGCAGCAAAGUGGCAAGGUACAAGAUCAAGACACAAACCAGUUGGGUUCCUCUACACUAACAAAGAGAAUUCUGAAAGGAAAACAAGAAAACAGUACCAUUUAAAACAGUGCACUAUUAUGGACUGAAUUGUGUUUCCCCCAAAAUAAUUGUUAUAAUUCCUAGUCUUUAUGCCUGUGGCUAUAAUCUCAUAUGGGACUAGAUUGUUUUGUUAUGCUAAUUAGACAGGAUUAAGGCAUGGUGCUGAGCUAUAAGAGAUUAAACAAUCAAUCAAGAGAAGCAGAGAUGGGGGAAGUGAGAUACCUAGCCACAUGAAGAUUGCCCAGGAGCAGAAGCUCAGAAGAGACAAGGAUCUUCCUCCAGAGCUGACAGAGAAAGAAAGCUUUUCCCAGAGCCAGCACCCUGAAUUCAGGGUUCUAGCCUCCUAAAAUGUGAGCAAAUAAAUUUCUGUUUGUUAAAGCCACACACCUGUGGUAUUUCUGUUAUUGCAGCUCUAGAUAACUAAGACAGAAUUUGGUAUCAGGAGUGGGAUAUUUGUUAACUAGAAGUGGGGGUGUUGCUGUAACAAAUAUCUACAAUGUGGAAGUGGCUUUGGAAUUGGAUAAUGGAUGUAGGCUGGAAGAGUUUUAAGGUGCCUAUUAAAAACCUAUAUUUCCUUGAAGAGAAUGUUGGUAGAAUUAUGGACGUCAAAGGAAAUUCAGGUGAGGGCUCAGGAGGAAGUGAGAAGAACUAUAGAGAAUCUUCUAUCAUCUUAGAGAAUACAUAUGGCUCCAGGAAAAGAAUGUUCUUAGAAAUGUGAACAUUGGAUGUACUUCUGUUGAGACAAUAAAAGAAAAAGAUGAACAUGUGACUGGCAGUGGAGGAAGUGUGAUAUUUUUUAUGCAGUGGCAAAGAACUUGUCUGAAUUAUGUCCAAAUGGUGGAAGGUAGAACUUGUAAGUAAUGAACUUGGAUAUCUGGUUGAUGAGAUUUCUAAGCAAGCUCUUAAAGGGGCCACAUGGUUUCUUCUUGCUGUUUAUAGUAAAAUGCAAGAAGAAAGAGAUGACUUAAAAAUGAACUGUGCAAAAUUAAAACAAAACUUAAAGAUUUGGGAAAUUCUGUUGUACAAACUAUGAAACAUAUCUUAAGAUGUUCACCAAGCAUGUGGCUACACAAUCUUUUUUUUUUUUUUUUUAAGAGAUUAAGCCUGUUACUGAUGGAUCUAAUCAACUACCACAGCAGAAAACACAUCAUUUUAGGCUGAAGAGGACAGAGAAAAAGGAAAGAACGUUGUCUGUCUUUUGGAGUUCUACAGGCAGGAAAUAGGCCAAAAGUAGCCACAUCUGUGGUCUCAGAAUGCAGAGGAUUAUGCUAAAGGCGUGAGAACUAAUGCAGUUUAUUCUGCUGGGAUUUGUACUUGCUUGGUGCCCUUUAACCCUUCUUUCCCUUCAAUUUAUCCUAUUUGUAAUGGAAAUAUAUAACCUGUGUCUGUUCCAACACUAUUUGGGAAGCAGAUAAUCAGUAUUCUAUAUUUCACAGGUUUACAAAUGAAGAUGACUUUGCCCCAGGAUGGAAUAUGCCUAACAUCUCACCCAUAUUUGAUUUAGAUGACUCAGAAGAUGAGAUUUGAACUUGGAGGUGAUUUAAAAUUUCUGGCAUGAUGUGAUGGAGUGAAUUUGUUUUGCAUGUGGCAAGGACAUGAACUUUUGGAGGUCAAAGGGUGGAAUGUUAUGGAUUGAAUCCUGUACCCCCCAAAAAAUAUGUUUUUGUUUUUUGGUUACAAUCCUAUUUGGGAAUGGGCUUUGUUAUGUUAAUGAUACAGGAUUAAUGUAGGGCGUGUCUUGAGUAAAUCUCUUUAAAAAAAUCUCUUUAGAGAUACAAAAAGAUUAAAGAAGAGAGCAAAAGAAGUAGAGAUGGGGGAAGUGAAACUCCAAGCCACAUGAAUAUUGCCUGGGAGCAGAAACUCAGAAGAGACAAGAUCCUCCUCCAGAGUCCACAGAGAGAAAAAACCUUCCCCUAGAGCCAGCUUCCUGAAUUCGGACUUCUAGCUUCCUAAAAUGUGAGGAAAUAAUUUUCUGUUUGUUAAAGAAAAACACUUGUGGCAUUUCUGUUAUAGCUGCACUAGAUAACUAAGACAUCCCCCAAAAUACCUCGGAAUAAACCUAACUAGUUUUUUUAGUGGCAUAAAAGGCUUAUACAAGGAAAAUUAUAAAACACUGCUGCAAAACAGCCAAAGAGGCCUACAUAAAUGGAAAAACAUCCCAUGCUCAUGGAUUGGAAGACUUAACAUUGUGAAAAUGUCAACAGUACCCAAAGUGAUCUACAGAUAUAACGCAAUCCUGAUCCAAAUUCCAACAUUUUUUAAUGAACUGAAAAUAACUAAUCUUCAACUUUAUAUGUAAAGGAAAAGGGGCCUGAAUAGCUAAAGCAAUAUUGAAUAUGAAAAACAAAGUAGGAGGCCUCACACUUCCCAAUCUCAAAACUUAUUAUACAGCCACAGUAAUCAAACAGCCUGGUGCUGGUUCAAUGACAGACACACAGAUCAAUGAAAUAGAAUUGAGAACCCAGAUGUAAAUCUAUCCAUCUAUGGGCAGUUGAGCUUCGACAAAGAGUUGAAGUUCAUUCAAUAGGGAAGCAACAGUCUCUUUAACAAAUGGCACUGGGAAAACUGGUCAGCCAUUUGUUGAGAAAUGAAAUAGAAUCUACACCUCACACCAUACACAAAAACUAACUCAAAAUAGAUCAAAGACCUAAAUGUUAAACGUAAAAUUAUAAAGGAACAAAACUAGGGGACUUAAUUUUUGGCAUAAAUAGCCUAUCAAACACAACUGAAAAUGCAUGAACAAAAGAUAAUUUAGGUAACUGAGACAUCCUAGAAAUUAAAUACUUAUGCUCAUCAAAAAAAUUAAAAAGAGAACCUACAGACUGGAAAAGUUCUUUGACAAUGACAUAUCUGACAAGGGUCUAAUCUUUAAAAUAUGCAGAAAACUUCAAUAAUUCAACAAAAAAAGAUAAACAACCCAGUCAAAAAAUGGAAAAAGGACAUGAACAGACAUUGCACAUAAGAGAAUAGAUAUUCAGAUGGCCAACAAAUACAUGAAAACAUGCUCACAUCAUUAGCCAUUAUGUUAUUGUAGUUAGGUGCUAUUGAGUUGGUUCCAACUCAUAGCAGCCCUAUGUAUAACAGAACCAAACACUGCCUGGUCCUGUGCCAUCCUCAUCAUGAUAUUGGCCACUAGAGAGAUGCAAAUCAAAGCUACAGUGAGAUAUGUGACAUCCCUGCAAAAAUGGCAAUGAUGAAAAAAACAGAAAACAACAAAUUCUGGAGAGGUUGUAGGGAGAUUAGAACUUUUAUGCAUUGCUGAUAGGAUUGUAAAAUGGUACUAUGGAAAACAGUAUUAUGCUUCCUCAAAAAAGCUAAAAAUAGAAAUACUUUAUAAGUCAGCAACCCCACUCCUAGGUAUAUACCCAAGAGAUAUAAUGGUAGUGACACAAAUAGACAUAGGCACAUCAGUGUUCACUGCAGCAUUAUUCACAAUAGCAAAAAGAUGGAAACAACCUAAGAGCCCAUCAACAGAUGAAUGGAUAAGCAAAUUGUACAUACACACAAUGGAAUAUUACCUACACAACUAUAAAGAAUAAUUAGUCAGCAAAACAUCUUAUAACACAGGUGAAUCUAGAGGACAUUAAGCUGAGUGAAACAAGUCAAUCACAAAAGGACAAAUAUUGUAUGAUCCCGCUAUUAUAAAAAGUCAAGAAUAGAUAUACACACAGAGAGAAACAUUCUUUGAUGGUUACCAGGGAUGGGAGGGGGAAGGAUGGGGAUUCAUUGUCUAGAUAGUCCAAACCAAAUCCACUGCCAUCAAGUUGAUUCUGACUCAUAGUGACCCUAAAAAAAAGCCUAGAACUACUCCAUAGGGCUUUCAAGGAGCAGCUGGUGGAUUCAAAUUGCUAGUAUUUUGGCUAGCAGCUGAGUUCUUAACCACUGUGCCACCAGAGCUCCUUAUCGAGAUAGCAGACAUUUGUUAUUUUUGUUGAUGGGAAAGGCAAUACCAAUAUGGGCGAAGUCUACACAACCUGACGUUGGUAAAUGAAGAUACUUGGAAGUACACAAGAAAAAGGAAAAACUUCAGUAAAUGCUACAACAAAUAAAAUUUUGCAACAACAGUAAUAACAACCAAAAAAAAAUACAUGAGUGGUUAAGUAAUGUCUUAGUCACCUAAUGUUGCUAUAACAGAAAUACCACAAGUGGAUGGCUUUAACAAAGAUAAAUUUAUUCUCUCACAGUCAAGUAGGCUUACAAGUCCAAAAUCAGGGCAUCAGCUCCAGGGGAAGCCUUUCUCUCUCAGUGCUGGAGGAAGGUCCUUGUCAUCAGUCUUUGCUUGGUCUGGGAGCAUCUCAGCUUAGGAACCUCAGGUCCAAAGGAAGCAUUCUGCUCCUGGCACCGCUUUCUUGGUGGUAUGAGGUCCCCCUAUCUCUCUACUUGCUUCUCUCUUUUAUAUCUCAAAAGAGGCUGGCUUAAGGCCCUUUCUAAUCUUGUAGACCUCAUCAGUAUAACUGCAGUUAACCCAUCUUAUUACAUCAUAGUGAUAGGAUUUACAACACAUAGGGAAAUCACAUCAGAUAAUAAAAUGGUAGACAAUCAUACAAGGGAAUCAAGACUUAGCCAAGUUGACAGAUACUUUGAGGGGACACAAUUCAAUUCAUGACACACAUAUAUAUAUUUAUAUAUAUAUCCACUGCCGUCGAGUCGAUUCUGACUCAUAGCGACCCUAUAGGACAGAGUAGAACUGCUCCAUAGAGUUCCCAAGGACCACCUGCUGGAUUCGAACUGCCAACCUUUUGGUUAGCAGCCAUAGCUCUUAACCACUACGCCACCAGGGUUUGCAUGACGCAUAUGCAUAUAUGUAUAUAGGAAGGUAUUCGUGGAUGCAUAGGUUUGUCUGUAGGCACAUGUAUAUAUAUGUGUGUGUGUGUUGCAUAUAUAUCCAUAUACAUAAUAAAGCACCUGGAAGCACAAUUAGAGACUUCCUAGACAAAUCUGAACAACUCUCAGGAUUGGUUUAAGGGGUUACAAAGCUUAGGAUCAUAGACUCCUGAGAUAACUUAGUCAAUUGCCAUAACAUAAUUCAUAAAGUUAAUGUUCUACACUCUAGUUUGGUAAGUAGAGUCUGGGGGCUUAAAAGCUUGCAAGUGUCCAUCUAAGAUACAACCCAACUCAUCUGGAAUGAAAGAGAAUGAAGGGAAACUAAAGAUGAAAAUAGUCCACAGGACUAACAGCCCACAUGAACCACAGUCUCUUCUAACCUGAGACCAGAAGAACUGGAUGGGCCCGGAUAUGACUACAGACCAUUCUGAGCAGGGACACAGUAGAAGGUCCCAGACAGAAUAGUAGAAAAAUGUAGAACAAAACUCAAAUUUCUGAAAAAAAGUCAUACCUACUGAACCAGUAGAGACUAGAGGAACCCCUGAGACUGUCACCCUAAGAUAUCCUUUAAAUUUGGCACUGAAGCCUCUCCUGGUGCUCACCUAUCAGCCAAAUAAUAGAUUAGCUUAUAAAGUAAACAAUAUCACCCGUGAGUAAUGCGUCCCUUAAACAAUCAACUGUAUGAGACAAAAUGGUCAACAUUUACCCCAAAGCAAAGACGAGAAGUCAAGGAGGGGGAAGGAAGUUAGAUCAAUGCAAAUAGAAUGGACAAAAUGGAAAUAAUGAGAAUGCUGACAAGUUGUGAGAAUUGUAACCAAUAUCAUGGAACGAUCUGUAUAAAAAUUGUUAAAUCAGAACCUAGUUUUCUCUGUAAACUUUCACCUAAAAAACAAUAUGAUAUUAACAAAAAAAAACUCAAAAUAUUAAUGAGACCACUCUCCUUUUUAUGUAAUAAUACAGUAAAAUUUGUGAAAGCUGGAACCUGUGUAAGGCAGAAAUCUGUCAGAAAAAGAAAACUCAAAUAUUUUCCACCACGAGCUGCACAAAAUGGUGAAGUACUCUGGACAGCAGCUGAGGUGUUGGAGAGUCAGGGUGAGUUCAGAAGCAGGAGAGAGGAGGAUCAGGGACUGCCCAGAAGCUGGGAGAACCUACCUGCUAACAUCCAGAGCACUGGCUCAUUGCAGCCAUUUUGGGACAGGGCAAGGCAACACCACAAUCAGGGAACACAGAACAGGAGCUAAUCUGAGGAAACUGUAGCUUUAUUUUUUUAAGACAACACUAAUUGGAGUGGGAGUUCAAAGUACAUGCAAUUGGAAGGAGGUGAAGAAAAACCAUGGUGCUACGAGACAAUGCUGUUGAAUCUUGCUGAGGCCUGAGAAGGAUGGGCACUAAGAAGGGAAGAGAUUUCAAUGGUAGCAAAGCAAGGGGAAUACUUCAGACCAAUGGGCAACACAGAGGGAAACAGCUGGCUCCCUGCACACAGUGGGAAAAUUUGGGAGAGCCAGAAAGCUUCGUGGAAGCAGAGAUGGUAAGACUUCAUCACAUGUACUUUGGACAUGUUUCAGGAGGAAUCAGUCCCGGGAGAAGGACCUUAAGUAGAGGGCCAUCAGAAAAAAAGGAAGACUGUCAAAAGAUGGAUUGACACAGAGGCUGCAACAAUGGGCUCAAGCACAGCAAUGAUGGUGAGGACGGCACAGGACAGGGCAGUGCUUCCUUUUGUUUUGCAGGGAGUUGCUAUGAUUUGGAACCUACUAGAAGGCAUCUAACAACAACAACAAUGGAUAAUGAUAGUGAAUAUAUUUUCCUAUGUCUGUUGACUGCUUGGAUGUCCUCUUUGGUGAAUGUUCUGUUCAUGUCCUUUGCCCAUUUUGUGAUCAGGCUAUUUGCCUUUUUGUUGCUGAGUUUUUGCAGUUUUUUAUAGAAUUUAGAGAUUAGGUCCUUAUUGGGUAAGUCGUUUCCAAAGAAUUUUUCCCAGUCUGUAGAUUAUCUAUUUAUUCUUUUAAUAAAGUCUUUUCAUGAGCAUAAGUUUUUAAUUUUUAUGAGGUCCCAAUUUUCUAUUUUGUCUUCUAUUUGUGUAUGUGUUAUGUUGGUUAUCCUAUUUUUACAAACGAUUAGGUCCCAUAGUUUUCUCCCUAUGUUUUCUUCCAGGGAUUUUAUGGUUGUAGGUUUAAUAUCUAGGUCUUUGAUUCAUUUUGAGUUAAUUUGUGUGUAUGGUGUGAGGUAUGGGUCCUGUUUAAUUUUUCUACAGGUGGGUAUCCAGUUUUGCUAGCACCAUUUAUUAAAGAGACUGUUUCUGUCCUGCUGAAUGGUCUUUGACUCCUUGUUGAAAAUCAAUCAUUCAUAGAUAAAAAUAUGUCCCUGUGGUCUAUGUAUCAAUUGCUGAACAAACACCAGCCCAUUUUGAUUAAGUGGCUGUGUAGUAUGUUUUGAUAUCAGGGAGUGUAAGGCCUCCUGUUUUGUUCCUUUUCUUCAGUAUUGCUUUGGCUAUUCAGGGUUUCUUUCCUUUCCAUAUGAAGUUGGUCAUUAAUUUUUCUAUUUCAGUAAAGAAUGUUGUUGGGAUUUCUAUCAGGAUUGUAUUUUAUCUCUACAUUGUUUUUGGUACAAUUGACAUUUUUAUUAUACUGUCUUCUAAUCCAUGAGCACAGGAUGCCUUUCCAUUUUUCUAGGUCUCUUUUGGUGUCUUAUGGUAAUGUUUUAUCAUUUUCGUUGGAUGUCUUUUAUGUCCCUGGCUACAUUAAUUCCUAGGUAUUUUAUCAAUUUGGAGGCUAAUGAUAUUGUUUUCUCGAUUUUUUUUUUUUUUUUGGAGUAGUCUUUGAUAGUGUAGACGAACCCAGAUGAUUUUUUGUGUGUUAAUCUUACACGUUGCAACAUUGCUAAAUUCUUCUAUUAGUACCAGCAGGUUUCUUGCGGAAUCUUUAGGGCCUUCCAUGAAAUCAGUUUUUUUUUUUUUUGGUAAUGGGAAAUGUGGCAUCAAAUGUGGAUGUAGUAAGCAAAGUACAACCAAAGUAAAAUAUGAGUGAGCAUAUAUGGAUGAAUAUAGUCAUACUGGUAUACAGGUAGGUACAUAGGUAAGAGCAGAUAGAAAUAUCUAUAAAAACAAAACAAAACAUUGCCGUCGAGUCGAUUCUGACUGAUAGUGACCCUAUAGGACAGAGUUGAACUGCCCCAUAGAGUUUCCAAGGAGUGCCUGGUAGUUUUGAACUGCCAACCUUUAGGUUUGUAGCCAUAGCUCUAACUACUAUGCCACCAAGGUUUCUGAAAUAUCUAUAAAACCCAAAACAAACCCACUGCAGUCGAGUCAAUUCUGACUCAUAGCGACCCUACAGAACAGAGUAGAACUGCCCCAUAGAGUUUCCAAGGAGUGCCUGGUGGAUUCUAACUGCUGUCCUCUUGGUUAGCAGCUGUAUCACUUAGCCACUACGCCACGAGGGUUUCCUGAAAUAGGCAUGUGUAAAUAUAAAUAUCAGUACAAGCAUAUAGAUUUGUUGAAGACACAAAUACGUAUAUUCCACAGACAUAAGCAAACUCCUUCCAUGACUGACUUUUGGGGUUUGAAAGCUUGGGACCAUAGUUUCACGGGACAACUCAGUCAAUUGUCGUAACAUAGUUCACAAAAAUCAUGAUCUGCAUCCUAAGGAAGUGACUAGUGUCUGGAAUUAAAAGCUUGCAAGCUGACCAUUUAAGACACAAUUAUUUGUCUUUCCUGUCCAGGAGAAAAACAGUAAAAGGUAACCAAAACUCUGAGAAGAGACAAGUCUACAUAAGCUACAACGUCAUCUACCCUGAGACAAAAAGAACUAGUCAGUGCCUGGCUACCAUCACUGACCAUUCUGACCAGGAUCACAAUAGAAUGGAAGAAAAAUGUGCAGUAGAACUCAAAUUGCUAUUAAAAAAAAAAAAAGCAAACAAACGAACAGUAGAGAACAGAGGACUCCCUGAGACUAUCACCCUGAGACAUUCUUUAAACCUAGAACCAA